GCGACGAUUUCCCACAGCGAUGUGAGAUCAGUGGUGCGGGAUGCAAGUCCACCUCGCUUCCCAGACGGCAGCGUUUUGUGGACCAGUCGACAUUCUUGGGCCUAAGCAAGAGUACCUCGUGCCCAUGGAGCACAUCACAGGUUCCAGCGGCUUUCUUUUCUCGGGGGCCGCAGGUCAAGUGCAAAAAGAUCAUCAAUGACGCGUAUUUCUGCGCGGAGCCGCCCGACCAUUCCUCGCUGCCAAAGAUUGAGCUGCCGCGAUUCCUUGCGCGCAGCUUUGCAGAACAAGUGGGAUUGGCUGGGGAGUUCUCGAAGCAGAGCACGUUCUACUUGAAGGAGGCUUCCAAGCUGAUUGAUCAGACGCAUCAUCGUUUGGCAGGACUCCAGCACGAGCUCAAGAAGGCAGACGAGGCUGGCCUGGUCGGCAGGAGACUUUCGUCAUGGCAGAAGAUGGUGGCCCAGGCGGCUCGUGAGGCAGAAGAGGCGCACUCGGAAGCCCUACGUGCGAAAACGCUGUGUGGAAAGGCGCUGAAAAAUGCCACGUCGGGUCCUCUCCAAGAGGCUGAGAAGCAGGGCAAGGACUUGAUAACUGAGCCACUCAUGGCUUCUUUGGAGGCUGUUCGUGGUCCUCGUGCAGUCGUUACGCCAUGGACAAGUCAUGCAGCGCAUCCACCCGGGUUGUACUGUGAGAAGGUGUGCGAAAAUCGCCCAGAGCAGGAAGAGCACUUCUUGGCCUGA